CUGGUUAAGAAAAGCCUUCAAUAACGAAUUCCAUUAACUUCUCCCGUGUAUUACUUAUUUUUUCAUUACUUUCUCUUAAUUACUUUCUCUUUCAUGACUUUCUACUCGUUACUAAUACUUUCAAACUUCAGUUCCAUUACUUAAUACUAAUCACUGCAUUUCAAUUCAAUAAUAAACGCUUUUUGCAAUCAAAAGAACUGAAAAAAAUAAAAAAAUGUACGGGUGUCUUCUCAGGCGGCCUCAUCGCUGGCGCAACGUGCGGGUAACGGCUUUUUUCACGUUGUGCACUAAACAAUUUUUUUUUUUUUUUUCUUUUGGUGAAAGUUUUCACUUGAUUUUUCAUCUAUAAAACCAAUUGGAAAUUCCUUUUUGAAAAAAAUCAACUUGAAGGUUAUUGGUGUCCAAUUCAAACACAACAUAUAUAUAUAAAAUGAUUAUCUACUCUGACGUUAUUUCCGGUGACGAAUUAUUGUCUGAUGCUUAUGACAUCAAAGAAGUUGACGGUGCUGUUUACGAAGCUGACUGUCAAAUGGUUAACGUUUCUUCUGGUGGUGAUGUUGAUAUUGGUGCCAACCCAUCUGCUGAAGAUGGUGGUGAUGAUGUUGAUAACACUACUGAAACCGUCAACAACGUUGUCUACUCUUUCAGAUUACAAAACACUGCUUUUGACAAGAAAUCUUUCUUAGGUUACAUUAAAGGUUACAUGAAGAAAGUUAAAGCUCACUUAGCUGAAACCAACCCAGAUCAAAUUGAAGCUUUUGAAAAAGGUGCUACUGCUUACGUUAAAAAAGUUAUUGCUAACUUUGGUGAUUGGGAAUUCUACACUGGUGAAUCUAUGGAUCCAGAUGCCAUGAUUGUUUUAUUAAACUACCGUGAAGAUGGUGUCACUCCAUUCGUUGCCAUUUGGAAACACGGUGUUAAAGAACAAAAAAUCUAAGAAAGAUGGAUACUUGCAUAUCUAUUCUUUUAUAAAUUUUAUAUUUUAAUUCUAAUUCUGUUGAAUAUAUCGUAUUUCCAUUUUUCAUUAAAAAAUUUUUAUUUAAAAUAUAUACACGUAAAUUAUUUUGGUCGUAUACAUAAACAGGAGUUUU